GGAGGCGGGGCGUCGGCGCGAGUGAGGAGCGGCAGCGAUGGAGCACAUCACGACGCCCAAGGUGGAAAAUGUCAAGUUACUAGAUCGUUAUACCCACAGGAAGCCAGCACAUGGGACGCUCUACCUGACUGCAACUCAUCUGAUAUAUGUGGAUGCUUCAGCCGAAGUUCGGAAGGAGACAUGGAUUCUUCAUCACCAUAUUGCAGCCGUGGAGAAGCUGCCUCUGACUCCAUCUGGGUGCCCGCUGCUUAUUCGCUGCAAGAAUUUCCGUGUGGCACACUUUGUUAUUGGGCACGAGCGGGAUUGUCACGAAGUCUACACCUCCUUGCUGAAACUUUCGCAACCAGUGAAACCAGAAGAACUGUAUGCUUUCUCUUAUAAUCCUAAAAUGCCCAAAGAAAACCGAGAAGUGGGCUGGAAGCUGAUAGAUGUCAUGGUGGACUACCAGCGAAUGGGGAUUCCCAAUGACUUCUGGGAAAUAACCGAUUCUAACAAAGACUAUGAGGCCUGCAGCACGUACCCUCGGGAGCUGGUGGUGCCCAAAGCUGCUACGAGAUCGAUGGUGCUGGGCAGCUCAAAGUUCAGAAGCCGAGGUCGGAUACCAGUGCUUUCCUACUUCUACAAAGAGAAUAAUGCCGCGAUAUGCCGGUGCAGCCAGCCUCUGUCUGGGUUCAGCGCUCGUUGCCUGGAGGAUGAACAGCUGCUGCAAGCCAUUCGGCAAGCCAAUCCAGGGAGUCCGUUCAUGUAUGUUGUAGACACAAGGCCAAAGUUGAAUGCCAUGGCCAACCGAGCCGCCGGGAAGGGUUACGAGAACGUGGACAAUUACGAUAACAUCCGUUUUAAAUUCAUCGGCAUUGAAAACAUCCAUGUCAUGAGGAGUAGCCUUCAGAAGCUCUUGGAAGUCUGCGAAACCAAAUCCCCUUCAAUGAGUGACUUCCUGACUGGUCUGGAGAGCUCUGGCUGGUUGCGACACAUAAAAGCAGUGAUGGACGCCGGCGUCUUUCUUGCCAAGGCUGUGAAAGAUGAGCACGCCAGCGUCUUGGUCCACUGCUCAGACGGCUGGGACCGCACUGCCCAAGUCUGCUCCCUGGCUAGCCUCCUCCUAGAUCCGUUUUAUCGGACACUAAAAGGAUUCAUGGUUCUGAUCGAAAAGGAAUGGAUCGCCAUGGGUCACAAGUUCUCACACAGGUGUGGCCAUCUAGAAGGUGACCCCAAGGAGGUGUCCCCGGUCUUCACCCAGUUUGUGGACUGCACCUGGCAACUAAUGCAGCAAUUUCCCUGCGCGUUUGACUUUAAUGAGCGUCUUCUCCUGGAGGUCCAUGAUCACAUCUAUUCCUGCCAGUUCGGCAAUUUUCUGGGCACCUGUCAGAAGGACCGGGAAGAUCUGAGGAUCUUUGAGAAGACCCAUUCCCUGUGGCCUUUCCUGCAGCACAGGAAGCAAGAGUUCAGGAACCCCUUGUAUAAGGGAUUCUCCACUUACAAGGAACUCCGGCCCAACACUCUGCCUUUCAGCUUCCAGUUCUGGUGCGGCAUGUAUAACCGGUUUGAUAAAGGGAUGCACCCAAAGCAGUGUGUUUUGGAUCAUCUCCUUGGAUGCAUGAGCCGGAAACUGGAGUUGGAAGAUGCUGCAGAUGAGCUGGAAAAUAAACUGCCCAUCUUAGAUGGAUCCCUGCCAGAUGAGAUUUCCAUCUUAGCCAAAAUGGCCACCGUUCCGACCGGCUGUUCGAAAUCUCCAAUGCUCAACACUCCCCAGGACUAUGAGGAUGAGCCUCCUGCCCUAGUGGCCAACGGCACCAUCACUGUGGAGGACGACAGGCCCGCCCAGCUGAAGAGUAAGGAGGGUCUUGUGAAUCCCCUUGAUGUCCCAGAUGGUGACCGAAGCACCACCCCCGACAGGAGUGUCCAGUCUGCCGUCAGUGCAGGGAAUCUCCAAAACCAUUGAACUGAACUGACCUGCGCAUCUGCUGUGCGCCAUAGGAAGUGGCAAGAGGGCAGGCAAGACCUGUGGCUUGGUGCUGGGUAGCCGCCUUCACCCAUGUUAUGACAAAGUGUUGUGGUGUUCUGUGUUUCGGAGGUGGGGGGCCUGUUUGAGGGUCGCAGGAGCAGUCCAGAGGUAGGGCUCAGAGCUGCCAUGGUCUGACACAGGAGGAGGUACCUGCAGAAGGGGCUUUGGGUGCUGUCCCCCAUCACGUCUGGCCUCCUUUUCCAGUGAAAGCUCAGGUGCUCCUGCCUUGACCUGCGAAACUGGGUCCAUUACUGGUUUCUGAAUCCAGGGGGAGCUAAAAAGCCACGCAGUAUUUAAUCUGUGGAAGUAAAAGCAGUGUGUGCUAGUUAGUGAAGGGCUGAGAAUGUCAAUUCACUUCAAGAGGCUUUUGUUGGCUGUUUUUCAGAAAAGGUGCUCUGGCAGCACAUACGGUUAGUGUAUGCACUGCACUGCCAGGGCACCUCUUUUUUUUGGCACCUUUUGAAGGAAUUCCGCUGGUGCAUUUUUGUUACCCUGUUUGUGUUUUGUAUGCAGACAUGUGUUUUUAUUGUUUUUUUGUAAAGCAGAGCAAUUAUUGUCAUGCCCAACCAGUUAGAAAUGCGACUAUAUUUUUAUCACUGUGAUAUAUAAGUGGCUGUAAUGUGUAUGUGCUCUUCUGCGAUAUCUUUGUUUUUUUAACUGUGUUUUGAAUUUUGUAAUUGCUGUUUCACUGCGAGUUCUCUCUUGGUAGCAAUGUGUUAAUAACCUCAGAUGGUCUCACAGCAUGUAAAGUCUCUGAAUGUUUGCUUGAA